AUGCCAGCCGUUGCCCGGGAAAAGGAGGAGUCGGAUUCCUCCCCUGAGGAUGAGCAUGAGAACCGUCCUCUCGUUGCCUGGAGCGGGCUCAGCAGGACAACCCCAAUCUUCCUGUUUUUCCCCGAAGCGAUCGUGUCAAAGGAUCGACCCACAUAUUCUGGCGGAGAGCAAUACAACAUGACCUUCAAGAUCGUGCGCACCGAGAGUCGGCUGGUGCGGGGGAUACUGACCAAGCAUGGUUUCCAUGAGGUUCACCCAAAUAGCAAUGAUUUUAAUCUGAUGUGGACGGGAUCCCACCUGAAACCUUACCUACUCCGAAACUUUCAAGAUUUCCAGAAGGUCAACCACUUUCCCAGAUCUUAUGAACUGACCCGCAAAGAUCGUCUUUAUAAAAAUAUCCAGCGAAUGCAGGUGGCCCACGGCUUCCAUAACUUCCACAUAGUUCCGCAGACCUUUGUGCUUCCAUCGGAAUACCAGGAAUUCUGCAGUUGUUACGCCAGGGAUAGGGGACCGUGGAUUAUUAAACCGGUAGCGUCUUCAAGAGGACGAGGCAUUUACUUAGUCAGCAAUCCAAAUCAAAUUUCAGUGGAUGACAACAUAUUGGUGUCCCGCUAUAUUCACAACCCUCUGCUGAUAGAUGAUUUCAAGUUUGAUAUGCGCUUGUAUGUGUUGGUGACGUCAUAUGAUCCCCUCCUCAUCUAUGUGUAUGAGGAAGGCCUCGCCAGAUUUGCCACCGUCAAGUAUGACAGGACGACAAAGAAUAUUAAGAACACCUUCAUGCAUCUCACCAACUACAGCGUGAACAAAAAGAGCAGCAAGUAUGUCAGUUGUGAUGACCCUGAAGUGGAGGACUAUGGGAACAAGUGGAGUAUGAGUGCAGUGUUGCGCUACUUGAGGCAGGAGGGGAAGGACACCACACUGUUGAUGAGACAGGUAGAAGAUGUGAUCAUCAAAGCUGUGCUCAGCGCUCAGAUGCAGAUCGCCACCGCCUGCAAGACCUUCAUUCCUCACGAAACCAACUGCUUCGAACUUUACGGCUUUGAUGUGCUAAUUGACUCCAACCUAAAACCGUGGUUGUUGGAGGUCAACCUAUCCCCAUCCUUGGCCUGCGAUGCUCCCUUGGAUUUGAAGAUAAAGGCUAGCAUGAUUGCAGACAUGCUCUCACUUGUGGGCUUGGUCUGUCAGGACCCCCUGAUGAGAAAGCCUCCCUCUGGGAGAGUCCUCCUGGACCCCGGCCUCAAGCAGUCAGCAGCUCAAAGCACACAGCGGCAGAGGCCCCCGGAAGCCACAGACGGCGAACCGUUGGAGUUUAAAGACAAGGAAGAAGGAGACGGCAUUCUAGGCUUGAGUGCAGAGAAGAUCAAAGUCUUGAGGAGGACAAGGGAGGAGUAUGAGAGGAGAGGAGGUUUCAUCCGAAUAUUCCCCACUGAAGAGACAUGGGAGCUCUAUGGUGGAUAUCUGGAGUCCAAGACAUCGUUGAACUCAAUGUUGGCAAACAGACUUUUCCAUGGAAGGAAUGCGAACGGGAACGCGCAGCUGCAGAUGGCCACGGUCGACGGCUACCACACCGUCCAGUACGAGAGGAAGCUGCCGUCUCUGGAGGCCCGUAAGAGGAGACGGCACCACCUGAGCCAUCGCUCUGCUGCUGGAAAGAAGAAACGGGGGAAGCAAUCCAAGGACUCGCUGAUGGAGAGCAGUGGCCCGGAGGGAGAGGAUUGCAUACGGGAGGAAAGGGGGGAGAUGAAACUGGCGCUGGAGCCAGUCUCGCAUGAGAUUUUGGUAGCGGAGCAAAAAAAACAAGUGGCUUCACCGGCGCAGAAUUCUCACGGCGAGGCCGUGUCCGGCUUUCAAGCGGCGGCGGCGGCGGCGGCGAACCACAACAGUAGGCCGCAUGUCAACCUGCUUCACUUCCUGCAUCAGGGAUGGGACAUUAGUAAAGUGCAAGCCCGGAUGACCUUUUCCUCUUACCUACAGCGGGUUCAACAAAGACUUUUGGCAGAGAGCAAGUUCAAAGGCACUCCGGCUUGGGCAGAGCGAGACCAUGACCAAAUGGAGCUUAUAGUUCGCUUCUUGAGGAGGGCCGCCAGUAACCUCCAACAAGACGUCAAUAUGGUUCUGCCCAGUCACCAGCUCCCGAUUCAAGACCGCAGACGCAUCCUGUCCCACCAACUCGGAGAGUUUAUCCGGUGUUACGAAAAGGAAACUGAGCAUAUCAUGAAAAAAAAGCAGAACACUACAGAGAGGUGCGUCGCCACCAGCGUGUUUCAUGACUACAUCACGGCUGCGAGCGAGAGCGAUCUGGAGGAAGUACUGACAUUCUACACACAGAAAAAUAAAUCGGCCACCGUCUUCCUCGGAACAAAAGUCAGGCGUGUUAAAAAAGACCUUCAUGAAACACACGCCUCUGAAGAGUCGGCUCUGACUGUAGCCAAAGAAGAUUCCAGCUCGUCCUCCGCAGACUGCAAGGUCGCCGAAAGUCAAGCGGCGACGGAGGGAUUCGGCCGCGCCAAAAUCCAUCCGCAGGUCACGGCUUACCAGUGCCGCUCCGGCUUUCCCGCCGUUUCAAACUUCCCGCCUGUUCCUCAACGGAACUGCUCUAUCGCCGCUUCGUCCGUGUCCGGUCAUCGUCCUCCGCCGCUUCCCCCGAAGCCGCCGUCCGGCGCGCAGUUCUGGGCAAAGUCUUACUUCUGCCAGCCCCAAGCGCUCCGCGACGCUCCCGUUUACACCCCUCCCCCCGCGUCGACGCCGGGGCAACCGACCCAGGUUCUCUGGAGAAUCCCGUCUUCCAAAAUGUUCGCGUCGAGCUCCGCGGCAGCUUCUUCCAUCACCGGCGCGCUACACAUCUACAGCCAGAAGCUCUCUAGACCGACAUGCGCGGGCCAAGUUUCCAAAAUGUGCAAUUCCAGUAAGAUGGAAUCAAACGCCGAGGCGGGUUUCAGGGAGUUGAACUCCUUGACUGUCCAGGCCCAGUCCAACCAGCAGGCCUUCAUCUCAGCCCUCCAGAAGCUGGGAGACGGCCAGGUUGCUCGCAUCAAUGCCGGCUCAAGUCAAAUCAACCUUCUGACACAACAUUUGACUAGGUUAAAACUGGCUAGCCAGAUGUUAAGUGAAGAAAGUCCAAAGAUGCGGCCCUCGUCUGCCGAUAUCCAAGGACCUUUUGGGCCGGACCACUCCAAAAUGGACCCUCUUAGAAACAAGAUCCAUCACAACCGGACGGAUGACACAGAGGCUUCUAGUGGAAGACAGAGUCGCAGCAACUUCACUCCCGUGAAGGUGGCCAAUCCUCUCACCGUGAGAGAAAACCAUCCGUCUCAGUUCACCGCCCAGCAAAUGCACCAGCAAAAAAUUCACCCUCUGCGAUUAUUAAGGCAGAACUACUGCGGAUACCAGGAUCAACGUUUAGACGAAACGAGCGCUCCCCACGCUAAGGUUCCCACAAAGUCUUCCGGCGUUCCGGGACCCCCCCGCCACGAUCACAUCCGGACCCGCGAUAGUCCCGCUCUCGCCCCGAAGCCACCCGGCGAGGCCCAAAUUAGGAAACCGGCAGCAACGCGUCCCGUCAAGCAGGCAUCCGCUCCGAGGUCGGCCUUUCAAAGUGUGAAUGGCAGGCAGAAUUCGGUCUACGAGGCCAUCUGUGCUAAGACAGAGACAUUCCGAAGGAAGCCAUGGCUGCUUGAGGACCGCCCGGCCCAUCUCCAGGACUCCCUUGCCCUCUGGAACAUCUCCAGGAUGUCGGCCCCGUGUGUCCCUGUGUUCCUCCUUGCCCGUGCGACCGUGUCGGGGUUGACGACCGCCACGAUGAGCCCGACGCUCUGCUUCUUGAUCGAAGAGCGCGCCAGCACCUUCUGGUCUGAGGAGGAAAUGAGCGAGUGUCGGAUCGUGUCGGGGCGAGGACUCUUUAUCACAAUCGGGCAGACGGAGCGUGUUGCCGACCCGUUCGGCCGCGAGCUACUGAAAUCUGUCUGA